AAACGGAGUUUAUAGCCACGCCCCCACUCCUCCCAUAAUUCCUUGGUUCAGCAAACAGAUUUCGUCGGUGUAGUGUGGAAACUACGAUAGGUUAAAGUAGCUAACUGGCGGCUACGGAGACUCAAUUUUAUACGGUUUUGAUUAGGUGACGUUGUUGUUGAAUAACUUUUGUAUAACAGCGUCACACUUCUGUUCUGUUUGUUGUGUUAUAUCACCGAAUUGCUGUGCUGUCUGGAAGCCUGUUAGCCUGGAAUAGCUUGACAGUAACUGAGUCUGGAAAUAAGUGACUAACGGUCACGUUUGAAUCAUGUCUGGACCGAACGGUGAUCCGAACAUCUCUAUGGACGACGGGAUUAUUAAUGACGAAGAUGAGUUUGGCGACGAAGAGUAUGCAGCGAUCAACUCCAUGCUGGAUCAGAUCAACUCUUAUCUCGAUGACCUGGAGGAGCGUAAUGAUGCGCUCAACGGUAAACUGCAUGAACUGAUGGAGUCGAACAGACAGGCCCGGCUGGAGUUCAGGGCCCAGCUGAACGGUGCCCAGUCUGAGGGGGAGCAAAAAUCAGAGGAGGAGCAGAGUAAAGAAGAUGGGAGCCCACAGAGGGGUGAAAAGAGCGAGUAGACGACACAGACUCUGAUAAAGAAAAUAAUAAUAUGUUCCCAAAAUGUACCAUUUCAUGUGGGUUUACUAUAUUUUCAAUGUUGGUUUCCAUACUCAUCAGCAUGUGUGUUUACAGUAUGUAAACUCAAUUCAACUACUCAGCAGUGUCGCAUUUACUCCUCCCUCCAAGUACCACCAAUAUGUUUAUUUAAAUACAGCAGCACAGAGCUCCAGUUUUCAGCCCAGAGGAGUAUAAAGUAUGAAGAAAAUAAUUUAUUUUUAGAAAGAUUAUUGACCUAGUAUGGCCGACACACGCUUGGGAGAGACAGUGAAGGCAUCACUGGGACUACUGGUGCCUGUGGUUGGUUGGUUUCACUUACAUUAAUAAUGUUCUGUUAUCUAUUAUAGAUGCUGCAUGUGAUCUGCUGUCACAUUGUUUAACACAUCUGUUCAAGGUGACUGUAUGGAUUGAUGGAUUUGGCUCAGCUGGUACUUUGCCUUUUAGGAAAGAGGACUUUAUCAGUGGUUAUUAUGAAGAUACGUUAUAGUGAAAAAUUUCAGGUGCGUCUUUAUCUCAUUAAUAAGAGAAUUGUGGGUUUUUUUUCUCUUCCUAAAAUGAUAUACAUACUGUAUAUAUAACAUUCCAAGUGUCUGUCACAGUAGUGUUUGUCCUUGAUCAUGGCUGUAAAUCUUCUGUGUUCUUGGUUUAUUUCACCAGCAGCUUGAAAUAAGUGGAUGCAAAGUUAUUAUUAAAUUAAUAAUAAUAAUAAAAAACAACAAAUAAUGAUGUAACCAAAUUUUCAGACAUUUUUUAAUAUAAAUUAAAGUGACCCAAGACAAAAGGCAAACAUCCAAAAAUACAUCAAAACUCCAGCAAUUAGAAAACAUCGCCUGUUUGUUCAGUUUGUCAGUAGCUGAAUAAAAAUACACUAAGAAACGUACAGCUUUGUGUGAAAUGUGCCUUCACCUGUCCUUCCCUUCCUCCUGCUCAAGUCUCAUUACUCCACGCGGUCAUGUGACAGUCGACGCCAUGAAUGCAGGAGUUGCUACAUGUGACAACAACCAGCGUCCUGUGGUUGGAAAAAUCAACAUUUUUUUUGUCUAAGUCUGUUCAGAACAGCACACGAGUCAUGAAGAGGAAAAAAAAAAACAUCCUUAUAUUUUACACGUACACGUCCCGUGUUGGCUGAAGACUGUGUGAAAUAUUAGACCUCUUUACAUGAACAGUUAGUGGUAAUCUAACAGUCGACUCGUUUAGCUAAAUCACAAACUUUUUUUUCUUGCUAAUACUCGGACCGUUAUGUGAGGUUUCUGUCCAGUGCACUGAAAUCCAAACAUCAUCAAUGAGGAAGGAACAAAAAAAAAA